AGGAGCCAGCCUCCAAAGCCACAGGCAGGUGCAGAGGCAGCCUCUGCGAGAGCCCGGGCGAGGAGCCGUUAGUGCGUCCUUUGCCAUCCACCCGUCGGUCCCCGGCGACAGUCGUCCGUCAAUCUUCGCACGGCAGUUGGUUCUGAGGUCCAGGGGUCGCGAUCCCUCGUCUCCCAGCCCCCGGAGCUGCCCGGCAGAGCCGGUUCAAGUCCAGCAGCCAUGUCCAUGGGCCUGGAGAUCACCGGCACUUUGCUGGCCGUGCUGGGCUGGCUGUGCACCAUCGUGUGCUGCGCUCUUCCCACGUGGCGAGUUUCGGCAUUCAUCGGUAACACCAUCGUCACGGUGCAGAUCACCUGGGAGGGCCUGUGGAUGGACUGCGUGGUGCAGAGCACCGGGCAGAUGCAGUGCAAGAUGUACGAUUCGCUGCUGGCCCUGCCGCAGGACCUGCAGGCCGCCCGAGCCCUCCUCGUGGUGUCCAUCCUGCUGGCCGCCUUCGGGCUCCUCGUGUCGCUCGUGGGCGCCCAGUGCACCAACUGCAUCCAAGACGAGACGGCCAAGGCCAAGGUCACCAUCGGGGCGGGAGUGGUUUUCCUGUUGUGCGCUCUGCUCACCUUAAUACCCGUGUCCUGGUCGGCCAACACCAUCAUCAGGGAUUUCUAUAACCCACUGGUGCCCGAGCCUCAGAAGCGGGAGUUGGGAUCCGGGCUGUACGUGGGCUGGGCUGCCGCCGCAAUGCAACUACUAGGGGGCGCCUUGCUCUGCUGCUCCUGCCCACCGCGCGAGAAGUACGCGCCCACCAAGAUCCUCUAUUCUGCGCCGCGAUCCACCGGGCCUGGCACCGGUACCGGCACCGCCUAUGACCGCAAGGACUAUGUCUGAGGGGCCGGGUGCAUGCAGACCGCACCAUCACCACUAUCAGCAGCCGAAGUACCCCACCAGUCCAGCGUGCAGCCUGGCUUCGGAAACCACCCCACUUUCCAGAUGGUUACAGAUGACACGCCUUCUGCUUGCUAGACUGGAAGAGGACAGACAGCCUGACGUCCCUCUCUUCCCCCGGCUGCCACCUGACUGCCGGGCCUAGGAACCGUCCAACCCGUCUGGACAAAGAAACCUCACCCUUCCAAGUACAGGACUGGGGUGGCCACCGUAGCUACUUGCCAGCCCAGUGCUUCCGCAGCCGGAAGGCUCACAGUGGGCAGAGACAGGCAACCGUAAAACGGGCCGUUUCGUAUUUUUCAAUAAAAACCUUUUGUUUUU